CGCGCCGGGCGAAGGAAGAUGGCGGCGGCCGGGGCUGGCGCGGGGCGGAAGCAGGUGCGGCAGGAGGAGCUGCGGCGCCUCAUGCGGGAGAAGCAGCGCCAGAACGCGGGGAAGAAGCGGAUCGACUCGCCCUUCGCCAAGUACAACAGCCUGGGGCACCUGAGCUGCUCCCUGUGCAACGCGCCCGUGAAGAGCGAGCUGCUGUGGCAGACCCACGUCCUGGGCAAGCAGCACCGCGAGAGAGUUGCAGAAUUAAAAGGUACAAAGCAGACUGCGACUGGUUCAGCUGCUGGCACAUCAUCUCAUCCUGUCAAGAGAAAAACUGUUGACACAGAAAAUACAGAGCUAAAAAGAGUAAAAGGUACAGAUGAAAAGCCACAUGCGUCUACAGCUGGGCUGCCAUCAGAUUUUUUUGAUGAAGCGGAGCAAGACAGUGCAAAUGUACAGCUUUCCAAGGGUCCAGGUCCCAGUUUAUUGUCAGGAAAUUAUGAUGAUGAUGAUGAUGAUGAUGAAGAGGAGGAACAAGACCAAUCAAGCAAGUCUUCCAUUAUGCAUAAAACUGAAAUCCCAACUCAAGAAGCAAUAGCUAAUUCUCUGCCUGCAGACUUCUUUGACAGCAAAACUCCUGCUGCUCCUGUAGUUUCCCAUUCAGGAUCCAUACAGAAAGCAGAGGUACAAGAGAAGAUAGUGGAAAGGAAAGAAAACACUGCUGAAGCUUUGCCAGAAGGUUUCUUUGAUGAUCCUGAAGUGGACGCAAAAGUGAGAAAAGUUGAUGCUCCAAAGGAUCAGAUGGACAAAGAAUGGGAUGAAUUUCAAAAGGCAAUGCGACAGGUCAACACAAUUUCAGAAGCAAUAGUGGCAGAAGAUGAUGAGGAGGGACGACUAGAUCGCCAGAUUGGAGAAAUUGAUGAGCAGAUUGAAUGUUAUCGCCGUGUCGAGCUUUUGCGUAACCGCCAAGAUGAGAUGAAGGAGAAGCUAAAGGAAGCCAUGAGAUUAAGAGCAACACAAGAGAAAGAGGAUGAGGAUAUUGGUAGUGAAGAUGAAGAAGAACUGCAGGAUUUGCUGUCUCAAGACUGGCGGGUGAAAGGGGCAUUGUUGUAGCAUUUCUGCAACAUGGUUGAUACUCUUUUUAUCUGUAAUGUUACUUCCAUUAUUAGAAGUGAGACACUUUUGUUAAUUAUUUAUUUAAAGAGGAUUGUGAGAUGGUAAAGAGCCAAGUGUUUUAAGAAAAAAAAUCUUUGUAGAUCUAAGUGGUGUAUUACUUGUUGUAAAAACUGUACAUUGCAAAUGUUUUACAAUAUUGAAUGCACCUUUCCUAUUAAAAUUAUUGGUUUCUUACCAGAAUUAUUUUAGUGGGAUUAAUAAGUCUAUAAAGAAUCUCUGAGGUUUUGGAAGCAUUACCUAUAUUUGGUAAUUUUGAGACUUGGCUUAUUGUGUACAGAAGUAAAGGAUUUGAAUAGUCUGUGGAGUUUUUCCACACUGGGGGGUUAGGGAAAGGAAGAUAUUUUACAUUCAUGUUUUCUUAAAAUUUUUAAGUGCUCUUCUGUCCAUUGCCCCAGCUUCCAAUAAAAUAGGUACAUUUUUUUUCAGGAUGUGUUACAAUUUCUCUGUGUAUAUAAGGACUAGCUCAGAAAUGCUGAGCUACAGCUUCUCCGCAGUGUAUACUCUGUGAUGUGCCAUAGGCAGUGCUGAAUAUUUUUCUUUAUAGUAUCCUGUUUUGCUUAGUGCAGCCAUCAUGUAGCAUACCUCACAUUUCUUGAACCAGAGGGAUAAGAAUACAGUAGUUCCAUAUCUGCAUCACUAAAUGAAAGGGUGACAAAAUGCCAGAGAGGAAGGUACUGCACUGGACACUGAGAAGAUUAAGUAAAAUGAAGAACCAACAAACUUGACAAGACUGGGACAUGAAAAGCAGACCUACCUUAAGCAUUGCAUGUGGAACAAAGCUUUUAGAGAGCUUUGUGAAGAUGGUGGGAGUAGUGACUUUGCCCUUUGUGACCACUUAUGUACAUGUGCUGUUAUGUCAAGAAGGCAAGAAAUCAUCCAGCUUUUCAGCAACAGAAGUAGCAUGGCUAUAAGGGAGAAGAGGGAUAUAUCCUAACCUUUCUCAGUAGUCAAGCUAAUUUAUCAAGGUAAAUAAUCUCCUGUGUCUUAGAAAAACACAGGCAUAAUUAGUUUAUAAUCUAAAUAUAUCUUCAGCUUUAGAAAACAAUUUUAUGUACUUCUGAUGAGCUAUUGAGCUAGAUUGAUUAUUAAUCAGAGAAAAUAAUUGUUUUAAAAAUGUGUACUUCCUUAAUUUCUCUCAUUUCUUAACUUUCUUGAAUUCUAUUUUUAAACAAUAAAGAUUAAACUAGUCCUAAUAACUAGCUUUGUCCAUAGCCACUAUUAAAAAUGAAAUUUUAAUUGGAAUUGAGAAGACUAUUUUAAUUCUCUGAUCUCCAUGACUUCCAGAAAACCGAAGAAUCAGAAUUAAGGGGGAAGGCGCUUAACAUUUGUAAUCCUCGUUGAUUGAUAAUAAUAAUAAUGGAGAGUGUUGUCCAAACUUAAGAACUGUGGAAUUUCAUGCCACCAAAAAGUAGUUGAGGUUCCCCAGCUCAGUGGUUGUGAAACUGGUUAAGUGCCUUGCAGGGCCAGGAUGUAUGUGCCUGCAGGUGCAUGAAUGUUUGAAAUGGAGUUCCAAGUAGCAGCUCUGCAGGCACAGCUACCACAGCUACAGCUGCCAGCUGCUCAUGGUCAGCUCUUCUCUGGCAGUUACUAUCUUAAGAUACAUGCCAGUCUGUAGAGUGACAGGACACAUGCAUCCAGGACACAGGACAGAUGCAGACACUGCUUUAAUCAACAUUCCUGCAUUCCUUCAUAGAACCAGUGAAUUGGAUCAAGUACACUGCAGUGCCAGGAAGGGUGGUGUGUACUUGUAUCCCUAGAAAGUAUUGGUCAGGCCAAGAAUUGGAAAUUUCAGGUGUGACGCAGUUUUUCAGUAUCUGCCUUCAACUGAUCUUCUGUUCAUCACUUCAGUUACAACUAUCCUGGCCUGAUAGCUGAGAAAAAAAUGCAAGCAUUUCCUUUGUGCAGACAUCUAAACCAGGUCUUCCAAAAAUACAGUGGAGGAACAAAUGCCUUGCACAAUUGGUGGCUACAGCAGUUACGGAGGAUACAAGAGAUCUCUGUUCAAAUCCCUCCUUUCAAUACUGUCCUUUGAACAGCCACUUUGUGUGACCUAGUUGAGCAGUCUAACAAUUCCAGUCUUUUCUGUAGAAGCUGUGCCCCUGUAAAAUGACUGAAUUAGUGAGUGUAUGUGACUUUCUUGUUAGAUAAUCAUGGCACUCAGCCAAGAAGGGGAAGGUCCUGUUCCAAGUACAUAAAUAGUGCUGAAAUACGUUCAGCUGAUAUUGAGGCUGUGGAAUAAACUGGAUUUGGAUCUUUCUCAUCUGA